CAGGGAAAGUGAAAGUUCUGAGCCAUAAAUAAGAGGCAGUUGCAGCUUCGCACAGGCUUUCACACACAUUCCCAGAGCCCUCACUGCCCGCAAGGACGCCUGUGCAUGUCCCAUCGCUCCCUCCCGCUGCCAGCCGAGUUUCAGCCUCACAAGACUCAGGCCCGCGCCCACUGUCUCACGGUCUGUCUGCCUCUGUCCGCCCUCCAUGGCAUCGCAAGCAGCUGCAGUGCUGGCCCUCAGCCUGCUGAUUCUCCAGACCUCCCCGGCUCUGGGUGGUGCCAACGACGCUGAAGACUGCUGCCUGUCUGUAACCCAGCGCCCCAUCCCAGGGAACAUCGUCAGAGCCUUUCGCCACCUCCUCAUCAAGGACGGCUGUAGAGUGCCUGCUGUUGUGUUCACCACACUGAGGGGUCACCAGCUCUGCGCACCUCCAGACCAGCCCUGGGUGGACCGCAUCAUCCGGAGACUGCUGAAGAACUCUGCAAAGAACAAACGCCACAGUAGUUAGCCCCUGACAGCCCUGGAGGGAGCCCUGUGUCUGAGUGAAGGGAUAUGAGUCACUGCAGCCCUGGGGAACCAAGGAUCAGAAGGGAGGACCAGACCUCCAGCGACUCUGCACCAGACCUGACCCAGCCGGGACGGGACCUGGAGUGUGAGUGUGAGUGUGAGUGUGAGCAGGGGUGAGUGUGGCGUAGCAGGAGUGCAGCUUCUUCUCUACACCCAGACCACAAUGCUUCCAAUAAAGCCUGACUGGUACCCA